GGGUGGGACUUGCGUCCUGGUGUUGGAGGAGAGGGGAGCUUGUUCAGCCCAGUCUGGAGUGGCAUGCUCUUCUUGGUUCAGCCCAAAGACACAGGCUUCUAAAGAAGAGAGAUCGACUUGAACUCUCCAUUCUUCAAAGUAAAGAAGCUACAUUGGAAAGAUCUGGGAACCAGAUUCUGCUACUCUGGCAGAGACCAAUGAAAUUGCACAACACAGUUUUGCUCCCCCUCCUUUUCCGAGAAGAGAAGAGUGUACAGAGGAAGUUUAAGACUUGCUUUCACUUUCACUGCCAGUUCCAGUGAGGUGUAGGAGCCAUGACUGAACAAAAACAGAGCUAUUAUCCUGUGAAGAUUGUGAAAGGCUUGAUCAGUACCUUUGUUGAUGGUGUUAUUGAUGACCUGAUAGAGAAGGAUGUUUUGAGUCCAAAUGAGCUGAAGCAUUUAGAAAAAGAAUUUUCAACAAUUUUGAACCAAAGUGAGGGCCUGGUUGAUGCAUUGGAUCACAUAUUUCGAGGAAGCCAAAUUAUUAUGAAGAAAUUAUUACUUCCAUAUUUACCAGGAAAUUCAGGAAGUCAAAGGGAAGAUAAUGAGUUGGCAGUUUUCAUGAAGUCAAAGGAAAUGCAUCCCAUUUUAUCAGCUCUUGAGACUAUAUGCAAUUCUUCAGGAUCUGUUCAAAGUUAUCGACAGAGACUUGGCAAUUCCAUCUUCCAAUUCUUUAAGAAGAUUGAUUCUAAUGCAAUACAAGCAGCUGUACCCCCAAACCAAGUCAAGCUUUGCCGUCCAGAUUUUUACCAAGGACUGAAGGAAGCAAAGGAGGGAGAUAUAUAUCCGAUCAUGGAAAAGGGGACCCGUACACGCCUAGCCCUUAUCAUCUGUAACAUUUUGUUUGACUACCUUGAUGAACGACAGGGGGCUUACCUUGACAUUUGGGGAAUGUGGAAGCUACUUGAAAAUCUUGGCUAUACUGUCAUUAUCGAAACAAACCUUACAGCUCAGAAAAUGGAGUCAGUGUUGAAGGAGUUUGCUGAUCGCCCAGAACAUUUGUCCUCUGACAGUACCUUCCUGGUGUUCAUGUCUCAUGGCCUCUUGAAUGGUAUCUGUGGGAUAGAGCAUACAAAACAAAAACCAGACCUUCUGGCCACAGAUGUUAUCUUCCAAAUUUUUAAUGAUAGCAACUGUCCAAGUCUAAAAGGAAAACCAAAGGUCAUCAUCAUUCAAGCAUGUAGAGGGGAGAAACUUGGAAUCACAUAUGUAAUGGAUACACCAGAGUCUUCAGCAGGCACUCCUGACCAGCCCAUGCAAGAUCAUUCAGGGAAUAAUCCACUGGAACAGAAGCUCCUGGAGAAAGACUUCAUUUCCUUUUGCUCUACAACACCACAUAAUGUUUCUUGGAGAGUUGAUAUAUUGGGUUCUGUCUUUAUCAAUGAACUCAUUUACUGCUUCCAACAAUAUGCCUGGUGCUGUCACCUGGAGGAAAUUUUCCGCAAGGUCCAGAAGUCAUUUGAAAUACCAAAAAUCCUUGUCCAGAUGCCUACCAUUGAAAGACAGUCCAUAUCAAAAUAUUUCUACCUUUUCCCAGGAAUAUGAAAUUAAGCAGCAAUACUAACAGUUAACAGCAAUUCAGGUGAAAAUAUUCUAUAUGGCCUAGAAGAAAUCUAGAAGAUUUCCAGAACUACAUUGAAUAAUGUAGAGUGUUUUUCAAACCUGGUGCCUCAUGAAAAUAUUUUUAAUGGUCAUUUUUUCAUCUACUCUUUUGCUUAUCCUUUUCCCCCUCCUCAAAUAUUGUAACACUUUGGCCAAGGAGUAUCUUUGUCCAAAUUUGAAAAUUUAAGUACUCACUUUUCUUUUUCCUUCUAGUACUUAAAAACAUUAUUAUUUACAACAUAUUUAUUGGCAUUUUAUCAUAUCUGAUCCAUGUUAGAUGAAGUCAUAUAUUUUAGAUCAUUUCAAAUAUUUUAUUUUUAAAUAGUUUUAUAGGAGUAUAUCUUAUGCUUCCAUGUAUAUUUCCAGUUCUUGGAAGUCAGAGAUGAUGCUUUUACCCUUUGUUGUAAUCUUUGCAUUUCUUAGCAGUGUUGGUUUCAUGAUAGGACUUUAGAUAAUAGAAACUUCUAAUAAUGGACGGAGAGAACUACAAAAUGCAUAAAAUUCCAGUGAUUUGACUAAUAAAGAUAUAAAUUCAAAGUUUAUGUGAAUACAAUUAUGAAACAUAAUUGGCAGAAAUGAAGAGUGGCAAUUAAACAAAAAAAGGUAUUCUUAGUUCAUGUUUGGAUAGAGCUAAUAUUAAAAAAAUGAUGAUGCUAUCCUAAGACAUUUACAGGUCAAAUUAACCAAUCACAUCAGUGUUAAAUAGCUACUCUAUGUGCCAGAUACUGUAUUAAGGGUUUGGGAUUCAAAAAGUGCCAACAGACAGUUCUUGCCUUCAUGUUGAGAAGAAUUUACUGGCAUUGCUUUUUAUAGUUAGACAAUAUAAUGACGAAAAUGAAUUUUGGCAAAAUAUCUCCAAUCUGAAGGGAAAGAAUAAGAAAAAUAUAUAUGAAGGCAACAAUAUUAGUUUUCUAAAUUCUUUAUAAAGAAUCAUCAAAACUAUCUGCUACUGUUCUAAAAAAGAAAAAAAGGACACCCCUGAGAAAUAAGAUAUACAAUCAAUAGAAAACAGCAAUAUAGAUAUAAAACUAAUAGAAAAUGAUAUUCCAAAGUUUUGAAUGCAGCUAGGUGUUCAAGUAAAUAGAAUGCUGGGUAUGAAGCCAGGGAUGAUUUAUCUUCCUGAAUUCAAAUUUGGCCUCAUUCAGUUGCUAGUGUAUGUCCCUGGACAAGCCACUUAUCCACAUUUGCCUCAGUUUUCUCAUAUAUAAAAUCAACUAGAGAAGGAAAUGGCAAACAACUCCAUUGUUUAUGGCAAGAAAACCUCCAAAUGGAGUUACAAAGAGUUAAAUAUGACAGUAAAAUGAUUAAAAUUCCAAUGUUUACUAAAAACAAAAAACAAAUUUUCAGAGGAAGAAUUUCAUUCUUUGUCAAUAAUAUUUGUGAAAACUAGAAAGAAGAUUAGAAGAGUUUAGAAUGUGAACAUCUUUUUCUUUCCUUUUAUUUUUUGACAUAUUUUUAUAAUGUAUAUAAUUUUUUGACAUUUUGUUUUCUGACAUUUCUCCCUCCCUCUUUCCCCUCCUCUCCGUGAGAUGGCAUAUAUUUAUAUGACUGCUAUCAUGCUAUGCAUAUUUCUAUGUCUGUGAAGUUGAGAAAGAAGACACAUCACUCACAUAAGGAAAAAAAAAACUCAUGAAGGAGAUAAAGUAAAAAACUAUGUCCUUAAAUCAGCAUUCAGACUCCAUUAUUUCCAUCUCUAUCAGCACAUAGCUUUUUUCAUUACAAGUCUUUUGGAGUUGUCUUGGAUCUUUGCAUUGCUGAUGACAGUUAAUUUAUUCACAAUUGAUCGUCUUACACAGUUGCUGUUACUAUGUAUAAUGUUCUCCUAGCUCUGCUCACUUAACUUUCCAUCACUUAUGGAAUGAUAUCUUAAACCAUAUUCCACAAUAAACAUAUGAUGGAUAAGCAA